CUCCAGCCAUUGGUGUCUGUGUCAUUACUAAUAGAGUCUUGUAAACACUCGUUAAUCACGUAAGGUCGCCGACUUGGGGCUCCGCACGCCAGCCUGUGGCGCGGGUCUUCCCCGCCUCUGUAGCCAAGUGGGAAGGAGGUGGGAGGAAAGAAGGAAGAAAGAGAGGGAGGGAGGGUGGGAGGAGGCCGGCCAGAGGGAGGGACCGCCUCGGAGGCUGAAGCGCCGCGAGUAGCCUGCGGACACGGCCGGCGCACCUACCCGCUGCUCUCACGCCCCCAGGUCCUGGCCCUUGUUCGCGCGCUCAGCAGCCACCAGCGUUCGUCCCCAGGCAGCAUGGUGAGAUCUGCUCUCGGGCCCUCGCCACCAUGUACGUGAGCUAUCUCCUGGACAAGGACGUGAGCAUGUACCCCAGCUCCGUGCGCCACUCCAGUGGCCUGAACCUGACGCCGCAGAACUUCGUCAGCCCCCCGCAGUACCCCGACUACGGCGGCUACCACGUGGCCGCUGCUGCUGCGGCGGCUGCGAACUUGGACAGCGCGCAGUCCCCAGGGCCGUCAUGGCCCGCCGCCUAUGGCGCCCCGCUUCGCGAGGACUGGAACGGUUACGCACCGGGGGGCGCAGCGGCCGCUGCCAACGCCGUGGCGCACGGCCUCAACGGGGGCUCCCCGGCCGCGGCCAUGGGUUACAGCAACUCAGCCGACUACCACCCACACCACCAUCCGCAUCACCACCCGCACCAUCCGGCCGCCGCGCCUUCUUGCGCUUCCGGAUUGCUGCAGACGCUCAACCCCGGGCCGCCCGGGCCCGCGGCCACCGCCGCCGUCGAGCAGCUGUCUCCCGGCGGCCAGAGGCGGAACCUGUGCGAAUGGAUGAGGAAGCCGACGCAGCCUUCCCUCGGGAACCAAGUGAAAACCAGAACGAAAGACAAAUACCGCGUGGUAUACACGGACCACCAGCGUCUGGAGCUGGAAAAGGAGUUCCAUUAUAGCCGCUACAUCACCAUCCGGAGGAAGGCCGAGCUGGCUGCCACGCUGGGGCUCUCCGAGAGACAGGUGAAAAUCUGGUUUCAGAACCGUCGAGCUAAGGAAAGGAAGAUUAACAAGAAGAAAUUGCAGCAGCAGCAACAGCCGCAGCCCCCCCAACCCCCCCAGCCUCCGCCAGGCCCUCUGAGAAGUGUUCCUGAGCCCUUGAGCCCCGUGGCUUCCCUGCAGGGCUCAGUGCCAGGCUCUGUUCCUGGGGUGCUGGGGCCAGCUGGGGGUGUACUAAACCCCACUGUCACCCAGUGA